CCAGUCCUUUUUCCUUUCCCUUUUUGUGUCACAAAGUGUAAUGAAUUCACACUGCAGAACAGUAGGCAGAAACACAGGGCUAGAUAAGAGAACUACAGUAGAUGAUUAGGAAGGCUGUGACCGGCCUCACAUCCAGUACCGUAGGUGGCGGUGUAUGCAUCUUUCAGUUGGUUGCGAUCCGCCAAUACAAAUGGAAAGAAGAAGAACAAUCACUUCCCAUACUAAAUUGCGUCAAUAAUUUCAUAAUGUACCAAAAUGACACUGAUCUACAAGGCACUGACGGUUCAGGCAUUCUUGGGGGCCCUGAUGUACGCAGACGGAUCCCCAUUAAGCUGAUAUCCAAGCUGCCGGUCAGGAGCAAGGCUGUUACCCGCUCACAGAGACCCUCAAGCAGGCUGCCCUCUAAAACCCAGCCUAAUGAUGAAGUUGUAUUCCUUAAUGUUCUAGAGGGCUUUGGGUUUAAGCAGGAAGAUAGAUUUGAGCGCAAGUCUGGAGAUGCGUUAGGCAACCAGAGGAGGUUCCCUCAGCCCAUGUUCUGGGACUACAAACUGAAUUUGGUUGGCGAGAAGGACGACACGCCAGUUCAUUUCUGUGACAUGUGUGGCCUUCCUAUAAAGAUUUAUGGACGCAUGAUUCCCUGCAAGCAUGUAUUUUGCUAUGACUGUGCCCUGCUUCAUGAGAAGAAGAUGGAAAAGAUGUGUCCAGGUCUCACCCUAUACAGCUGCACAGAUCCGGUCCAGCGGAUCGAGCAGUGCCUGCGGGGCCUCCUCUACAUGUGCAGCAUCGUUCCGGGCUGCAAGCGCACCUACUUGUCCCAGCGCGACCUGCAGGCCCAUGUCAACCACCGACACAUGAGGGCAGCCAAGGCUGCAAGAGGGGGCAUUCUACCACGCCUAGAGCCCUUGCAUCCACAACCGGCCUCAGAGCCACCUGACCACUUCCAUCUGCUACCACUGCCCCACUUGGCCAAAGGACACCCCCUCAUACCCCCACAGCUGCAGGGACACGACCCCUAUGGCCAGCCCCCUCCCGCCUCUCCGUCAACCCCCUCUUCUGAACUGGGCCCCUCUGGCCUCCAUCGUCCCCCACUGGGUCAGGAGACGUUCCGCAUUGCCACUGUUACUACUCGCAAGCACAGCAACCUCAUCACUGUGCCCAUUCAGGAUGACUCUGGGGGCUCGCCCCUUCUCCAGCCUGCCCAGGGCAUGCCCCCUCCCCAUCACCAUCAGGGGGACUACCCUGGCCAGCCCAACCACCUGAUGGCCCCCCCACCCCAGCAGCAGCACUACGGCCCACCCCCUCCUCCACCACCCCCCCUCAGCCACCCCAUGCAGCACCCGCCUCAGGGCUCUGGGACACCUCAUCUGGUCUACAACCAGGUCCCUCCCAUGUCCUCAGGCCUGCCUCCUAUCACCCCACCACCCGGACACAUCAUGGGCCAGAUGCCUCCCUACAUGAACCACCCACCUCCCCCAGGCCCCCUGCCCCAACACAGUGGUCCUCCUGUUAAUGCGCCUCCUCCCCACCACUACAAUCCCAGCUCCAUGCAGCAGGACCAGGGCACCCUCAGCCCGCCUUUUAACCAGCCCGGGGGACUGAGCCCAGGGAUGUGGCCAGCCCCCAGGGGCUCUCACCCGCCCCGCAUGCAGAGGCCCCCACCACAGGGCCAGAUGCCUGGUCCUCCCCACCACCCAGACCAGUCCCGCUACCGCCCUUACUAUCAGUAACCUCACCCACAAAACCUAGUUUAGAGUUCAGACAUUGCAUUGUGAUGAUUAGUUUAAAUAUGGAGACUGUCUGAGUGAGUGGAACUAAUGAUAACCUGUAGACUCACUUCUCUUAGGGUAAUUAAGGGCGGCAGGUAGCUUAGUGGGUAAGAGCGUUGUGCCAGUAACUGAAAGGUCGCUGGUUCUACCCCCGAGC